AGGUGUUUAUUGCAGAGGACUGGAACUUGGCACCGAGAUGUAAUGUGUGUCAAGGUGGACUUAUAUUAAAUAAUAUAUUAAUCUUGACACUGUGGCAACACUGAGGCACCGCCAUUACGUUUAAGAGAAUUGUCAUUCACCGGCCAUUAGAUACAUAGCUGAAAAAGGAAGAACAUUGUGCGUUUGAGCUGAUAGUUGGUUAUAAGAAAAUAAAAGACUUACUUUAAAAUAAACAUUUAUUAAUUUUAUUAAACAACGCACGAACGUGACAUGGUGUCAGAAUAAGAGCGAACCUGUUAUUGACGAGAAAAGUGUUCAUAACAAAACCAUAAGGAUCGAAGAAAGCAGAAUUUUACGGAUCCAUCGCUGCCGUUCGCCAUAAAACUUUAAUUUCAUCAAAAAAAUAUCAGCAACGGCACCAAAUCAUCGGGCUACGAAAGAGCAUUCAUCGGAAUAAGACAACAACAGAUAAGAAGGCGUCAAGCAAAAUUUCACGGAUUUCAUCGCAUUCGUCGGAUUUUUUCUGGAUUGUUCAAACUUGUCAUUGGAGUGGAAAAAUUGGAAACGUGAGUUUUUAGUUUACAUGAUCGCGAAAGAUAAAAAUUUACAGCCGGAAUCAACAAAAAUAGCUACGUUUCUUUGGCUUAUUGGUACAAAAGGUGCCAAUAUCUACAAUACGUUGUUUCCAAAUGACGGGUCACAUUCAUUGUUGGGGACAUUCACAGCACAACGUAUGAUACCGGCUACGGACACCGAAGCUGAACAUGGAGUGACUGAAAUAAAGCAACGAUCGUUGGAAGAGGUUUUGCAAGCAUUCGACAAUCAUUGUCUACCACAGAAGAAUGUGACAAUGGAAUCAUACAAGUUUAACAACAUGAGUCAAAAGGAGCGCCAACCGUUCAAUGAGUUUUUAACGGAACUUCGUGUCCAACUUGAAAGAUGUGAAUACAACUGCAUAUGUGGAGCAUCGUAUGAAAAUCGAAUGCUGCGAGAUCGCAUCAUUACUGGAGUUUGUGAUAGGAAGCUGCAGCUGAAAUUGCUUGAUAGGCGCGAUGAAAAUCUUGAAAGAGUGGUGGAAAUGUGCAAAACAUUUGAAUCAGUAAACGCGAAUAAAGACAUUUUGGCAUCAAAGCAAUCAAUUUCAGCAGUAGCAUCAAUAGCAAGCAAAGAAAAGGACGAAGUAAACGCAAUAAACGUAACAAAUCGGCGUUUUUGUUUUAAUUGUGGUGGUGACUGGAAUUCGGAUCACAAGAGCAAAUGUCCAGCAAGAGAAUUCAUGUGUUCAUGCGGGAAGAAAGGUCAUUUUCGUCGAAUGUGUCGUAAAAAGGCAAACAAAUCGGAAGCAGGUAAACAGGAAUCAAAACCAAAUGGAAGGCAACGGGUCGAUACUGUUCGCUAGGACGAAUUGUCAGAGUAAACUCAGUGGGAAAACAUGUAAAACGCUGGACGAAAGCCUACCUAGUAGGAAAUAGGGAAGUUGAAUUCAAAAUUGAUACGGGAGCGGACGUUAACUGCAUUCCAUUAAAAAAUAGUUAAAGCAAUGAAUUUAAAAAUGAGCACUGAACGAAAAGACUUGUGUGUAUUUGAUUACAGCAAUAAACAAAUCAGA